AUGGAAGAAACAUCCAAACAAAUUUCUGAAACAAAAUCAGCGAAUAUUAAUGAUCAAGAGAAACCUGAUAUAGCAAUCCAUGAUGGAAAGUGCCAAGCAAAAGUUAGCAGUUUAUCCUUUGAUCCAGAGAACUGGUCUGCUUUCCGCUCCUUAGCAUACAAUAUGGUCGACCAAUCGAUUUCAUUCAUUCAACAAAUACGACACAGACCAGUCUAUAGGGAUGUUCCAAUUCCACAGGAUGUGAGUGACUCAAUAAACGAGCCUUUACCUGAAAAACCACAAGGCCUUGAGAAAGUUUGCGAAGAUUUUACAAAACUAAUUCUUCCUUAUUCUGGUGGCAAUGUUCACCCUAGGUUUUGGGGAUGGGCCGCUGGAAAUGGCACUCCUGGAACUGUUAUCGCUCAUUUAAUGACAGCAACGAUGAAUUCGAACGCUGUAGGUGGCGCUCAGUCUUCUACGUUAGUUGAACAUCAAGUACUUAACUGGUGUCGUCAAAUCUUCAACUUUCCUGACACAUCUAGUGCUCUGAUUGUGACUGGGACGUCAAUGGCAACAAUUGUUGCCUUAACUGUUGCACGAAAUCAUGCAGUCGGAAACAAUCGUGAUGUCCGUCUUAAUGGCAUAAUCGGCGGUCCACGUCUCGUUGGAUAUGCUUCAUCAGAGACACAUUUUUGCGUCUCCAAAGCAUUCGAAUUACUUGGAUUAGGUCGCAGUGCUUUGCGUCUUAUUCCAACUGAUCCUAACUACUGUAUCAACUUGGAUCAAUUGGAAAAGGCCAUAUCUGAAGACCUUAAACUUGGUAAUGUGCCGUUUUGUGUCAUCGGUAAUGCCGGCACUGUAAAUACAGGUUCAAUUGAUGAUUUGUUUGCUCUUAAAGAAUUUGCUUUGAAAUAUAAAUUAUGGUUUCAUGUUGAUGGAGCAUUUGGCGCAUUAGCAAUUCUUGACAGUGAAAUGAAACCACGUUUAAAUGGCAUUGAACAUGCCGAUUCCUUAGCAUUCGAUUUUCAUAAAUGGUUACAUGUUCCGUUUGACGCUGGUUGCCUAUUAAUACGAAAUAGGAUACUUCAACUUGAAACGUUCUCUUCCAAUCAUAGUUAUCUGACAGCACGCGAUAUUAGUGAAGAUGAUCAUUCAUAUUACAAAUUCGGACUUGAACUGAGUCGAGGUUUCCGUGCCCUUGAUAUUUGGUUCACAUUAAAAGAGCAUGGAAUUCAACGUUUGGGACAGAAAAUUCAUGAAAAUUGUCAACAAGCUCAAUAUCUCGUAUCACUUUUAAGUCAUUAUUCGUGGAUAAGGAUUAAUACACCUGUUACUCUUAAUAUUGUUUGUUUUCGUCUUGAGCCAGAUAAUCUGGUGGAUGAAAAAAACAUUGACGAAUUAAAUUACAAUGUUGUAUCUGAUAUUCAACAAUCUGGAAUUGCUGUUCCUUCGACAGCAACACUUAAUGGUCGUUUAUAUAUACGCUGUUGCUUUAUUAAUCACCGUACUGUUGAUGAGGACUUCAAUCUUUUUGUAAAUGAGCUUAUACAAACAACACAAAAACAUUUAUCUUUAUGA